CGCCCGCGGGCCCGGGGCGAGCCUGGGGCGGUCCAACUUUGCGGCUCCUGGCCGGCUCCCAGGUGGGAGUUGUGAGGCGUGGCUUGGUGGAGAAGGCAACCGGGGUUGGGGGGCGGGGGGGCCGUGAGGCUCCCCGGUAGGCGGGAGGGAUCGAGCGAGCCGCUCUGGACAAUGAGCUGGGCAGCUCGACGCUGUGGCCACUUUUAGUGGGGGCGCGGGCCGGUCGGCGCCUCGGCUGCUCAGAGGCCCCCACCUGCGAGGAGAGGGCGGGAUGCCAGAGCCAGGUGUCCCGGCGCUGUGAGGCCCCUCACGGUCAGACGUUCCUGUACUUGAUUCUCGCAUUGACGUUAGGCUACCGAGAGGUUGUGGCUGGGACGUUUUUGGUGGGGAGCCCUUGGAGCAGCCGCGAUGGCCAGCACCAGGAGUAUUGAGCUGGAGCACUUUGAGGAACGGGACAAAAGGCCGCGACCAGGGUCGCGGAGAGGGGCGCCCAGCUCCUCGGGAGGCAGCAGCAGUUCGGGCCCCAAGGGGAACGGGCUCAUUCCCAGCCCGGCGCACAGUGCCCACUGCAGCUUCUACCGCACGCGGACCCUGCAGGCUCUGAGCUCGGAGAAGAAGGCCAAGAAGGCACGCUUCUACCGGAAUGGGGACCGCUACUUCAAGGGCCUGGUGUUUGCCAUCUCCAGCGACCGCUUCCGGUCCUUCGAUGCCCUGCUCAUCGAGCUCACCCGCUCCCUGUCGGACAACGUGAACCUGCCCCAGGGCGUCCGCACCAUCUAUACCAUCGAUGGCAGUCGGAAGAUCUCCAGCCUGGACGAGCUGCUGGAAGGUGAGAGUUACGUGUGUGCAUCAAAUGAACCAUUUCGUAAAGUUGAUUACACCAAAAAUAUUAAUCCGAACUGGUCUGUGAACAUCAAGGGUGGGACAUCCCGAGCCUUGGCUGCUCCCCCCUCGGUGAAAAGUGAAGUGAAGGAAAGUAAAGAUUUCAUCAAACCGAAAUUGGUGACCGUGAUUCGAAGUGGAGUGAAGCCUAGAAAAGCCGUGAGGAUCCUUCUAAAUAAGAAGACUGCUCAUUCAUUUGAACAGGUCUUGACAGAUAUCACCGAAGCCAUUAAACUAGAUUCAGGAGUGGUCAAGAGGCUCUGCACGCUGGACGGAAAGCAGGUUACUUGUCUGCAAGACUUUUUUGGUGAUGAUGAUGUUUUUAUUGCUUGUGGACCUGAAAAAUUCCGUUAUGCCCAAGAUGACUUUGUCCUGGAUCACAGUGAAUGCCGUGUCUUGAAGUCAUCUUAUUCUCGCUCCUCAGCUGUUAAGUAUUCUGGAUCUAAAAGCCCUGGGCCCUCCCGACGCAGCAAAUCACCAGCCUCAGUUAAGAGGGGUGGCCAUCACUCCAGUGCCUACUCUGCAGCCAGAUCCCCAGUUAAUGGAACUCCCAGCAGCCAGCUGUCUACUCCUAAAUCAACGAAAUCCUCCAGCUCUUCCCCAACUAGCCCAGGAAGUUUCAGAGGAUUAAAGCAGAUUUCUGCACACGGCAGAUCUUCUUCGAAUGUAAAUGGUGGACCUGAACUUGGUCGUUGCAUGAGUCCUGAAGGUGUGAAUGGAAACAGGUGCUCUGAAUCAUCAACUCUUCUUGAGAAAUACAAAAUUGGGAAGGUUAUUGGUGAUGGGAAUUUUGCAGUAGUCAAAGAGUGCAUGGACAGGUCCACUGGAAAGGAAUUUGCCCUGAAGAUUAUAGACAAAGCCAAAUGUUGUGGAAAGGAGCACCUGAUUGAGAAUGAAGUGUCAAUCCUGCGCAGGGUGAAACAUCCAAAUAUCAUCAUGCUGGUUGAAGAGAUGGAAACAGCUACUGAGCUCUUUCUGGUGAUGGAAUUGGUCAAAGGUGGGGAUCUCUUUGAUGCAAUUACCUCUUCAACCAAGUACACUGAGAGAGAUGGCAGCGCGAUGGUGUACAACCUGGCCAACGCCCUCAGGUAUCUUCAUGGCCUCAGCAUUGUGCACAGAGACAUCAAGCCAGAGAACCUCUUGGUGUGUGAAUAUCCUGAUGGAACCAAGUCCUUGAAGCUGGGAGACUUUGGUCUGGCCACUGUGGUGGAAGGCCCUUUAUACACAGUCUGUGGCACACCAACUUAUGUGGCACCAGAAAUAAUUGCUGAAACCGGCUAUGGCCUGAAAGUGGAUAUUUGGGCGGCAGGCGUGAUCACAUACAUACUUCUCUGUGGAUUCCCUCCAUUCCGAAGUGAGAACAAUCUCCAGGAAGAUCUCUUUGACCAGAUCUUGGCUGGGAAGCUGGAGUUUCCAGCCCCCUACUGGGAUAACAUCACAGACUCAGCAAAGGAAUUAAUCAGUCAAAUGCUUCAGGUAAACGUUGAAGCUCGGUGUACCGCGGGAGAAAUCCUGAGCCACCCCUGGGUGUCAGAUGAUGCCUCCCAGGAGAAUAAUAUGCAAGCUGAAGUAACAGGUAAACUCAAACAGCACUUUAAUAAUGCGCUCCCCAAACAGAACAGCACCACCACCGGGGUCUCGGUUAUCAUGAACACGGCUCUAGAUAAGGAGGGGCAGAUUUUCUGCAGCAAGCACUGUCAGGGCAGCAGCCGACCCGGGAUGGAGCCGACCUCUCCAGUCCCUCCCUCAGCUGAGGAGCCCCCCGUGUCCGCACCGGCAGACCUGGCCCCCGCCCCUCCAGAGUCUCCCACACCCCCUUGUCCUCCUGCUGCCGAAAGCUGCGAGCGGGCAGGGACCUGGCGCCGCCACCGCGACUGACCCCGAGCGGACAGGCUGGAGCCCACUGCGGCUGGAAAGCCCCUCUUGUUGGGCCGCGGCCCUCUCGUUGAAGAGCCUUUCUCUGCUGACUGCUGUUGGGAAGUUUGCUGGCACCUCUGAGGGCUGCCAGGAUCCAGGAGCUCGAUGCCAGGGAUUUGCUUCUUUUCAUAAUCUGGGCUCUGCCCGCCGGUUCCUGGAGGUGUCCUAUGCAGUGUUAGCUGCCGUGACAGAUAUUCGGAGCGGCUCGUUUUAAAUUGUUUUCAGUUCAGUGGACAUUUUUGCGGUGUCACCAGGAGAAUGUGCAACUUUUAUCUGGGAUUUAAUGCAUUUUUAUAGAAACACUUUGGAUGAAUCAAGCUCUCUCCCUAUUUAAGUAAACUCGGAGCGUUCCUUUUUUUCUUACGAACAAUUUAGAACUGCAUUUGUCCCUUUGUGGGUGUCCUGUGAGAGGUGGCGUAGCACCUUCCUCUGCCAAGAGGGUUCGGAGGACUGGCGUUCUGAUGGAAGAAGUGAGCACCCGAGAGGACAGUCUGGUCAUCGGACACUAAUUCAGACUUUGAAAAGUGGUUCCAGGUGCCCGAGGAAGCAGUCCACCGUUAGCCUGGGGUGCUGGGCUCACCUAAGACAACACUGGAUAUUUAUUUGUAUACAGACCACGGGGGGAUGUCACUUUCUUCCCUAGACAGUGUGCUCUCCCCCAACUCUUCCCACAUAUGUAUUAGGAGACAUUAAUGGGAGUCGUCCUUUGGGCUUUUUCAUGAAAGGCGUGGCGCAUGCGGCACCCCCCGGGCCAAGUGGUUUCUUCUCAGCAAGCCGGCUUCUAGCAGAGCACGGUAAACUAGGCAUCUGACUAGCCACCGCAGUCUCUUUCAUCAUCUGCUUGUCAUCUGGAGCUCGCCGGAAACAACUGAGGAAACAUAGCCCGAGGCACAGUCAGGACCGGGGCAGGAAGGUGCUCCACAAACAUCCUCUGUUAUUAACCUUCUGGAAGGCUGCUGGCAGUUUUUCCUUUUUUCCCCCACUACCCUGCCCCUUUUAAUAAUUGUACAUAAUCGAUGUAUUUGUUUUACCUGCUCAUCUUCUAAACUGGGGGGCCCUGUAGUUCAUUCUCAUUGUUAGACUUUUGCCUCUUAUAAGUGUACCCAACCUGCAAUAAACCCUUCUUGAGGAAAAAAGUGA